AUUAAAAAUGGAUUUUCAACGCCCUGUAUUAUAUACCUACGCAACGAAGGUUCAGGGGUACUCAAAAUUCGAUGCGCAGCAAUAAAUGAAUAAACCGUAAUAAAUAUCGAACGUGAGAAUCCUUUCGUCUUAAUUAUUUAUAUUCGUGAUACUUUAAACACUUCAUUCGAAAAUACACGAAAACGAGCAUUAUAUUUAGGGUUAAGAAACGAAAAAAUGUAUAUGAAGUUAAAAAAUAAUUCCCUUGUUUUGAAUUGUAACAUUUUGAGAUACAACCCAGGCAACAUUGUAGUUUAUUGAUUACCAGGGUCAGUCCAUGUGGACGAAAAUAGCCAGAUAGCAAUACAGUAUUCGAGCGUAGUAAGUUAGUAACUCUGCAGACUGCGUGACAUAACAAACGUUUCUUGUUAAUGUAAAAAUAAUUUUGUAAUGCAAAAUGGAAGCCCCUCUGAUGUUCGAAGUGUUAAUGUACCUUAAUUCCUAUUACUUUGGCAUGUUUUCUAUGUUUGAGUUCUCACUUAUAUGUGCCAAAUCAAUAGAUGAUGCUCAAAAAAAGUCAGUUUCUCUAAAUGAACUUGGGACUAAUAUGACAGUAUUUGUGUUUCUUUGUCUCAUUGAAGUGUUCCGCACGUUUCUAUCACGCCGGGAAAAUGCGGCCGACAAGGCAAUAUGUGUCGUCUUGUCACUCAUCCUAACUGUGCCAUCAGCCAUAGGAGUACUGUAUUUUUUGUUGUGGCAACAAAGAACUUUCCGGCUGGAAAAUAUUCUAGGAUGCAUACAACUUAUGCUUCAAGCAACUCAAGUGUUCUUUGGCAUUGUAUCAUUACUGACAUUCAAAAGCAGUGAUUCAACAACAUGAAAUUGUAAUUUAAAAACAAUAAUUAUUUGUUACUUUUUAUUUGUACAUAAACACAAGAUAUUUUUUAUAAAAAAUCAUCAACUAGUUAUUACCUUAAUUUAUACUUUAAAUGUUGUAUGAUUAGGAACUUUUUUUGAUUUAAUACGGAAAUGACAAUAGCAACGUACAAAUACUGAAAUGAAAACAAAAACGAUUCCGAGUGCAGCCAUUAUACCAAUAGGGUGAUGGUAUCUUAUGCAGGAAAUUACUAUUGAUAGACCCUGAAAAAUAAUACAAAAUAUUUUUAUA